GUAAAACCAAAGAAUACUUUUUAGACUCAGUGAGUGAGUUAAAAGGCUAAAUCGUACACCGGAACGGAAGGAAGACGAAGACAUGACUUCUCCUUCUUCUUCUUUUGGUAAAGCAUCGGGAUUUGAAGCCGCAUCGGAAGCAGCUGGCGGCGUGCAGGUGACAACCUUUACGGAGCUCAUCGAUGAAGUGACCCUCCACUUUCAGAUCAUUCGCCUCGCCAAGCAGAUAUACGUGUGGAUCGGCUCUGACUCUGCUAAACUGGGGAAUUUAUACGCCGCUGCUCCUACACGACCUAAUAAUUCGGUGAGCGUGACUUCAAUUAUUGGAGGUGCUUCAGAUAAUACUGGUUCUGGAAUUGCUCGACGAUUAGUGCUAAAGACUGGGCUUAAUAUAAUCUUGGCUUGCAAUAUCCCAAAGAAUAACCCCAUGCUUGAGGCAAAUGCUGAAAAGAAGUUGAUAGAGAAGCUACUUACCCUUGGCUACUCGAGGCCGAAAUCCCGAUCCCCAGGGCCGGAGUUGUAGUCUUCGCAGUUGCAUUCGGUAAGCAAUUAGUUCUUACAAGCUUACAAUGUUAGCAUCAGUUAUGGAAUCGAUUUAACCAGCAAACAUAAUGCUCUGGUUGUUAGCUCCCAUGUAUCUGGUUGAUUACAACUUUGUUGUUGAGCUUGAUGCUAGUUUAACCCUUAGGUUAUGGUUGAUUA